UCUUUCAUCAAGCGCCGAGAGUGAUCGCCAGGGGGGCUCGCCAAGGCGGGAGCUAUCGCAAUUCGAACAGCGAGCACAUCAUCCGCUCAUCUCGGUCUUCAUUGGCGCCUUCCAACGCUCGCGGACGAAGCGAGAGCAAACGGUGGGAUGAGCCUUGUACGUUCAAAACAACGGGAAUUGGCUUCACUGUGCCAGGAUGAGGCUACCUCCACCGUUUGACCCUCUUGCUGAUCCGCGAUAAACUUGGAAAGAUGACGGGCCCAUUUUCGAUCAGCGUUUCACUUCGGCCGCGCUCGGCAGGAGGAGCCUCGCGCAGCCUCGCGAAACUGGUAUUCAACAUUUCAAAUGACGCUCCUUCCGACAGAAAGCAGUCGGCGUUCGAAAACCAAGUUUCCCCAUGGUCCCACGGCACGCGAUAUCCGGUGGCGUAGAAACGGUUAUCCGUCUACCUGGACACGACACUGCCAGAUCACUGUCGAACCGUGGGCGGAUUCUCAGUCGACAGGUGUUGAACACCGAUCAGUUCUGGACUUGCCAAUAGGCAUCGGCCUGCAACAAGCAUCGUUAAUGAACCAUCCUAAAGGCGCCUUGGCUGGCGAUUGCUUACAGUCUGCAUUAUCGAAGCUUGGAGUGGUAGCUUCCGCCUGUCAAGCGCCUUACGGCCGAACCAGACCUGAUGUACGAUCGACGACCAGGCGCAAUUCUCGGAUAAAUUCAAGUGUUUGGUUUGGUACCAUCAGUACAUUCAGACAAUGCACAUACAAAAUUGACGCAAUAGCAGAGUGCACGGUGCCAUGUUUUCUACAAUAUACCGAAAAAUCCUGCGCCAUGAUGCAAAAACUAGUACUCUUCAGGACCAAGACCCACACCGGCACGGCACACAUUGUUCGAACGGCAUGGUCACUCUGCGCAGCAAGAUCGAGUCUGCCUAGACUCCACGCAACUACCCCACGCGGCCCAAGGUUGCGUCAGUUGUACACUGACUCUUCUCCAUGCUUUCGGUUGCUGCCGUACAGUACAGCCAGGCGCCGAGUGUGUGGCCCGACUUGCAGUCUCCUAUCAUGCGAACUAAUUGGAAGAGCGCCUCAAGCGGAAAGUACGGCAGCAGAGCAUGGAGUUCCAAGAGAGUGUCCCGGUUUGCAACCCCGACCUUGUAUAUCCUCGUGGGACUUGUUUCCAUGGCAUUACGCAGCUGUGUAUGAGUGAGAGAACGGAAAUUCCUCUUCAAACAUGCACAGUACAUGACUCGUCGGCGUCAGAAGCUCAGCGCAACACCAUGGCGCGGCAAUUUUCGAGAACGGGUUGGUCACGGCAAGUUCACGUGCGGCCUCAUGCUCGGCACAGCUUCGCGCUCCCCGUCUCGAAACGUAGAAUGACGGGGGUCUUCUGUGU